AUGGCAGACCAGACAAGUCCCACCAAACAGAAUGUCACACGGCCGCAGCUGGGUUCCAUGAGGAGCAGCUCUUACCUUAGUGAUCACCAGGAGUACCGCCCUCCUCGACCAGACUCAGCUCGACAGGAUCAGCUGUUCCACGGCAUCGACACCGUUAUAGAGGAUACCAGCAACUCACCCGUUCCCCAGACAAGGCCUAUCUUGCCCUUCAAUGGCAUCCCUUCUGAGGAGAACCCCCCCACCGUCGUAGACAGUGGACUGAGCCACUCGUACUCUCACCCCAAUUGCGCUCCCAGAGCUGGUGAGAAGUCGGAUCGUCUUAUCGCGACCCUUUUCUAUAAGCCGAGGGGCGAGGACCAGGGCUCCAGAUCUCCCGUCAAAACCACCUUUGCAGACAGUAACGAGUCUCUGCCCGCCAAUCUGGCCCCGACAACUGAUCCCAACGUGUAUCCUCUGGAGCCGCCAACUCAAGAGUCAGAGCAGCUCGACCACAUCUAUGGUUCCUAUAUCUCACCUCUAUGCAUCACCUCAUUCCUCCACCUCAUGUCUUCAUUCCCUCUUCCUCAGGACGCAGAUGAGCCUCACUCCUCUCAUCGAUGUUUGGAUAACCAAGAGCAACCGCGCAUUGUUGAGCUCACGCUCUCUCCUACGCCAUCACCUGAAUAUCUGAGCCUGGAUGACCUGAGAAAGCAUGAGAUGAUCUACCGAUUUGAGCAGGAAUGGAACGUCGAUGUGGUCCUUCAGCGGGACACAGUAUGGAGACGCCAUCCUCGACUUGUGGUUUUUGAUAUGGACAGCACACUCAUCACUCAAGAGGUGAUUGACCUUUUGGCUGACCAUGUCAAGGAUCCCCCAGAUCUGGCUGCGCGAGUUGCCGAGAUUACACACCGUGCCAUGAUGGGUGAGCUGGAAUUCGAGGCUUCUUUCCGCGAACGAGUUGCUCUUCUGAAGGGCCUCCCUGCCAACCUGUUCGAAGGCCUGCGACCAGUAUUGGACGUCACCAAGGGCGUACCAGAGUUGAUCAAGGCCUUCAAGCGACUGGGUGUCAAGACAGCUGUUCUCUCAGGCGGUUUCCAGCCCUUGACAGGAUGGCUAGCUGGCCAACUGGGCAUUGAUUACGCCCACGCGAACCAUGUUGUUAUUCAGGACGGCAAGUUCACGGGCGAGGUUGAGGGGGUUAUUGUGGGAAAGGAGCGGAAGAGGGAUCUCCUCGUUGACAUUGCUGCCAAGGAGGGCAUUGAUCUGUGUCAGGUCAUUGCUGUUGGCGAUGGCGCUAACGACUUGCUCAUGCUGGACAAGGCAGGUCUGGGAGUUGCAUGGAACGCAAAGCCUCGUGUUCAGAUGGAAGCUAACGCCCGCCUGAACGGAGAGAGCCUCUUGGAUCUCCUGUACCUUCUUGGAUUCACCUCCGAAGAGAUUGAUGCGUUGGUUGUUUAG